GCAUUUAUUUUGCUCUUGUCGUCUUCGAAAAAACAAACCAUCAGUGGCACCCCUCGUCGUCAGACAGACCGUCGUCAUCAAAUCAAAGCCAAUUUCAGAGCAGAGCUACGGAAUCAGCGAGCAGAGAGAGAGGCGAGGGAGAAGAGUCCUCCUAGACCCAGACUUCCGAGAUUUAAAAUUUCCUUUGGAUUUUCUUUUUUUGUUUUUUGGUUGUAUUUCGAGAUGAAGAGAGCACUCGUCACCGGCGAAGAUCCGACGGUUGAUGACGAGAAAAGGAGGAAAAAGAAAAGGAGCGAAGAAGAAGAGGAAGAGGAGAGUAGUCAAGAGGUUGGGUUUGUGCUUCUCGAUGAGGAUCUGCUCUUCGAGGUGCUGAAGCACUUGGACGCGCGGUCGCUUGCGAUCGCGUCUUGCGUUAACAAACAGUGGUAUAGGACGGCCCGGGAUGAGCGGUUGUGGGAGUUGGUCUGCACCCGACACUGGACGAACAUCGGCUGCGGCAAUCAACAGCUCCGUUCCGUGGUUCUUGCUCUCGGAGGUUUUCGUCGCCUCCAUUCUCACUGCCUCUGGCCCCUCUUAAAACCACCUCCAUCACUGUCGCCGUCUCCGUGGGCGGCGUCAUCGUCAUCAUCUACUCCCUCUCUCUCGUCUCCAUUUCCGACUCCGGUAAUUCCAUCAAAACCGCCAAUUCAUUGGGGAAAAGACGAGGUUCAACUCUCCCUAUCUCUCCUUUCGAUUCGCUAUUUCGAGAAGAUGAAUGUUAACAACAGAGGCAGAUGAAAACGCUUUCUAAUCUGUUCAUCACCUUAAUUUUUCCUUUUUCCUUUUUUUUUCUGUCGCGCUUGUGUUCUUGGAUUUCAUAUCUCUUAUAUAUAUAGAUCUCGUAAUGCGAGAGAGUCUGUAAUAGUUAUACCCAUUAUUAUUGACGAAUUUUCUUGGAUUUCUCUUUUA